GAAGGGUCUCCGAACCACUCUAAAAUUGUUAUGUUGAUUUCUUGGGUGGAUUGGAUAAUAGAGUAGCAGUGAAUUGUGAGAAGAGGCUCGUGAGGUCAGAGCAGAUUGGGUGGUGGUCGUCCAACUGGUUGGGGUUUGGAGAUGGCAGACCAAAAGAUUGAGAGGUUUGUUUCCAUUGUUUCUACUUUCUAGUUUCUACUGCUUUGCUCUCUCUGUCUCACAAUAAAGUUUUCAAGAUGAAAAAUUUGAUCUCAGCAACACAGCAAAACGACAUCGUAUACAAUUAACGCUCAACAAAAAGCUGUCGUUUUUGAAGAUUAUUGAUUGAUUUGGCUGGAAAGUGGACCCGGGAGCUGAAAGAGUCGGAUUCUGGUGCCCUACCUGUGCCAUCUUCGAUUCUUCAUUACCUAAUUCGGGUUCUACUCCCUCCAAACACCUACUCUGUAAAUCCACAAAUUCAAGAUUGAAAGCAUUGAAGAAGGCAAGAAACAUUCAAGAAGGCACGAAAACUACUGUUAUAUGCGUUUUUCCUCCAAAAUUUUGUCUGUAUGUCCUCUGCUUCUCUCAAUAACUCCAUUUUGUAUUUCCAUUACUGCAAUGCGUUCUUGUUCCAUUCUAGUUUUCUCUAUUCAUUUCCUUUUCUUCUUUCACUUCACCUUUCCUUCACUUUCUCACCCUUUCUUGCCUUCAAGCAACAUCACUCUGUAUGGUGAUGCAUACUCUCUGAACAACUCCGUUUGCCUUACUCAAGAACUCAACUGUCUCACUUCUUCUUCUUCAACUCCUCCUCCUCGUCCUUCCUCCUCUUCCUCUACCGGGAUUGGAAGAAGUUUCUUUGUGUACCCAAUUCGAUUCCUUAACUCUGGAACUAACACCACCGCAUCUUUCUCAUGCCACUUCUCCUUCUCCAUCAUUUCCUCCCCAUUGUGCCCUUUUGGGGAUGGAAUGACAUUCUUGAUAACCUCCAAUGCUAAUUCUUUCAGCAGCUCAAAUGGGUAUAUGGGUCUCCCUGAUUCGGCUUCAGACACCCAAGAUUCAUUUGUUGCAGUGGAGUUUGAUACCAGUUUCAAUCCUUCUCUUGGUGAUAUCAAUGAUCAUCAUAUUGGUAUUGAUGUUAACUCAAUAAUUUCUUUUGCUUCUGUGGAUGCUGCAUCAAGAGGGAUUGACCUUAAAAGUGGGAGAGAGGUUAUGACUUGGAUUGAGUAUAGAGAUGCAGUGAAAUUGGUCCGUGUAUGGGUUAGUCAUUCACUAAUUAGGCCUCCAAAUCCUGUUCUCGUUGCUGAGAUUGACCUCUCAAAGCAAUUCAAGGAGUAUAUGCAUGUGGGUUUCUCUGCUUCUAAUGGACAGGGCUCAGCAAACCAUAUUGUGAGUCGUUGGCGGUUCAAGACUUUUGUGUCUCGGCCUUCUGAGACUCCUAUGGAUAUAGAUUUAGUUGAAGAAGGGGACUGUUUCAUGUGUUCUCUAGAAGAUUUAAGCAGCACUGUUGUUCCUCAUGAAAGGAAGAUAAAGGUAGGGGACAUGGCUUUUGUAUGGGGUGGUUUAUCUGCAAUUGUUGCCUCCAUAGUUAUAAUCCUUGGUAUGGUCAGUUUUUUUGUGAUAAGAAAAAGGAGGCAAAUCAGCAGAAAUAAACAAGGCCAGGCUUGUAGAGUUAAUAGGGCACCUACAAGAUUAUCGCUUUCCGAAGUAAAAUCAGCAACAAUGGGGUUUCACAGGAACCGAAUUGUGGGUGAGGGGGCAUCAGCAACAGUAUAUAAAGGGUCUCUUCCGAACGGCGGAGCACUCGCGAUCAAGAGAUUUGAUAAGACCAAAAGAAUUGAUUGUACUCACAAUCCGUUUACCACUGAGUUUGCAAUGAUGGUGGGUUGCUUAAGGCAUAAGAACUUGGUUCAACUUCAAGGAUGGUGCUGUGAGGGAACAGAAUUAGUCCUUGUUUAUGAGUAUUUGCCCAAUGGUAGCCUUGACAAAAUCCUUCACAAGUACUCAAGUUCUGCAAUUUUCCUCUCAUGGCAGCAUAGGUUAAUGAUAGUUCUUGGGGUUGCUUCUGCACUUUCAUAUCUCCAUGAAGAAUGUGAGGGGCAAAUAAUACAUAGAGAUGUUAAGACUUGCAACAUAAUGCUUGAUGCUGAGUUAAAUGCUAAGCUUGGAGAUUUUGGUUUAGCAGAAGUAUAUGAACGUAACUCCAUUACAAGAGAGGCUACUAUACCAGCUGGAACAAUGGGAUAUCUCGCUCCUGAAUAUGUUUAUUCUGGUAUUCCAACCGAGAAAACCGAUGUUUACAGCUUUGGUGUUGUGGUUCUAGAGGUAACCACUGGAAGAAGACCAGUUGAUGAAUAUGGGACUGUGCUUAUUGACUGGGUUUGGAGCCUGUGGGAGAGAGGUAAAUUAGUGGAAGCUAUUGAUUCAAGGUUGAAUUCGAAGUUUAAUAGAGCUGACGUGGAGAGAAUGCUCACGGUAGGACUUUGUUGUGUGCACCCAGACCCCAAGAAGAGGCCAACGAUGAAGGAGGCUGCUAGGAUUCUUAGGGGUGACGCACCAGUACCGGUUUUGCCUGUGCACAAACCGAUGGUGAGAAUAAGGUCUGUUUUGCAGGAGGAUUCUGAAGAAGUGAUGAAUUUUGGUGGCGAUGGUAGUCCUGCUGUUUCAGAUGUGCCAUGGAUGACUCCUAGAACCCACUUCAGCUAGUGAACUCAGAAAUUCUCCUGGCUUCAAAUGCAAGUGUUAGUAGCCAAUUGUCGUUGGUAAUUGGUAGUAGACAUGUAUCAAGCUUGCUUGUUCGUCUUGUUCUCCAGGUUUGUUUCAGACUCAAUCACUGCAAAUGAUAAGGAGAUGGAUAUGGAUUUUUUCUAGUUAGCUUGAUGACAU